UUUGGAUUACAAUGACUACAGAGAAAAUAGAUCCAGAAAUUAUUAAUAAUUCCGAAACAGCACUAGUACCAAAUAAGAAGGAUAAUUAUAAACUGAAAAUCUUUAAUGGGUGCAUGAACCUUAUGGCACAUGUCCUCAUAGGUGCUACUGUAGGAGUAUCAAUACUGUUUUCAUUUACAUACGAUUUUGAUUAUUAUGGUACUAAAGUUCACAUCAUUCUUUGUGUUCUGGGGUACCAGCUUUUAAUGGCCGAAGCGAUCCUUACUCUGUCUCCUCACAACAGCUGGACAACAUCCUUGAAAUAUGUUCAUAAACGAAUAGCGCAUUGGGUAUUGCAAAUCAUGGGCUCAACCCUGGCUAUAGUGGGCAGUUUUAUCAAAAUGAUGGACAAAACUGUCCAUUUUGACACUCUUCAUGCACAAUUUUCUUUGGUGGCGUUACUUUUCACAACCGCGUGUUUAGUCAACGGUUUGACCUCACUCUACGCCUACGAGCUCCGCAAGAUCAUACCUGGAACCUUAUCCAAAGUCACCCACAUCUGCUUCGGGACUAUAGCCUUUAGUGCUUCGGCCGUUUGUCUGUGCUACGGCUUCGACAAGCCUUCCUUCAACAGAUGGGCCACACCACCUCUUAAAGCUGUCUUCAUGGCUUUCGUCGGCAUCUUCACAGUUAUCAUCAUUGUUAACCCUAUCAUUAAUUUUGUUGAUAAGUCUUUUAGAUCUUUGAAGCGUUAAAUGUCUUGUAUUUUUAUUUAUGUGAAUUAUUGG